GCUCACCUUAAGGAAUUCUAGUAUAUCAAUAAAAAAAGAAGGGAAAAUAGCAAAUCAGGAAAUCAACGCUUUAGAAUAAUACUAAAGAUACCGUUUACGAAUAAAAAACCAGCCGAAAUUGAGCAAAGGGGGGAAAAUGGCCAACACAUCGUUGAGACUUAGUUUGGAAGACGACGAUCCUACAUCAUCCCAACAAAAGAUCUUUGACAUUCUCAAUGAGGUCCUACAACCUGAUAGCAUCACAAGUCUUGAAGAUGCUGCCAAAAGACUCGAUAACCUUCAUCCAGAUCGUCGGCCUACUGAGUCUGAACAAGAAGAUCCCAGUAACUUCAUUUACGUCUUCUUCCAGCCUUUUCAUACGGUUGCAAAACAGAUCCCAAAUACACAUCCUUCGCAAGACAAAUUGGCUGCACUCGUGAAUACUAUUCAAAACCUGCCGUCUAGACCGAUACAUGUUAAUGGAUGGGGGGAUUUUGAGUUGUGGAGUAGCUUGCCUUUAUUUGGUGAGACCUUCAGUGACGCGUAUGAUAGCGAUCGUUCCAAAUCCUUUGACCCUGAGGUCAAGACACAACGAAACUUGAACUUUCAGAGCUAUGGGGCACGAUUGAUGGGCAACGGCACUAUACCGAACGAUAGAUAUUGCAUUUGGGCUCUGGCCGAUGCAUUGGAGGGUCGAUAUGACAACGGCAAAGGUCGUAACCGCCAAAUUCUCACUAGUCCCGCGGCUGAUCCAGAAGUCGACUCUCGUAUUGCUGUUGCAACUGAGUGGAUUUUGCAUGCUGGGCAUGUUUUCUAUCGUAGUGGCCCCACGGUGGGUGGUGAUUACCACGGGCCGCUUGUAAAGGGACCAGGAAAAGUGGCAUUCAGCUCCCAGCGAUGGCAGCUGUGGAAGGACCGACUUGUUGAAUUUGCAAACUGUGACGAACUGAAUGCAGACACAAGAAAGAAGGCCCAGGUAGCUGCUCUCAAGAUGGAGGAGAUCGAAAAGGCUUCAUGUGAGCAGGCAUAGAGGUACAUAAAGAAUAAUGUAUAUUAUAUUUUGUAUCAAUUAGAAGAGAUCAGCCCUUAUGAUAAAACAUAGAACGCGAAGAAUAGAAAUUAAGGAUUGCUCGGAAG